CCAGGCAACUGGACAGCUUCAGCCUAUGCAACCUGGCACUGACCUGCCAUGUACUGCGGGAUGUCUGCUGCAGUCUCUUGGAUGAGUGUGGUAUUGUGCUGCUUAACUGGCACAGGGAGAGGUCUGCAGUAAAUGGCAGGAACAGCUGGAAGGUGACUGGCAAGCGCUGGAUGUUCAGUACCAGCUUUGAGCCUGUUCAUUCCUGGAGAUUUACAGACAGUCACCUGACCAUAGGAGAACAUCUCAAAGUGUGCCCCUACAACAAAGACAUCAUUAGCCAUACAAAACCCUUCAGUGUAUUUCAUGAACAUUCUUGCUGUAGUGGACAUUCUACAUGA